AUGGCCUCACCACCGUUUUACGAUGAUAUAAGCCCCUCGGGUUCGCAAGACCGAUCUGACAGAGAAAAUUCUUCUCACAAACGUCGACGGCUCACUGCAGAGGCCAGUCCUCCUAGGAUGGCCAUGAAUGACCCGUAUCAUGCGACGAACCCAGGGGGCCAGCCCGAGGUCUUUUUUCAACCUGCAUAUGUCCUACCUGUAACUGAUGGCUUCUCAAACAUGCCGGGAGAUGGAUACUGGCCAGAUCAAGCAGCACUCGAAUAUCUUGUUACCAAUUCAGGACCAACCUUCGUCCACCAUGCCAGAAACCUACACGCUCCAACAUUCCCGACGAAUCCCGCUGGCAACGAGCCUCUACCUCCGCCGCAAGCCUUGAUGAGUCACCAUCCUAUACCACUGCCCUCGGGAAGAUCAGUAGAUAUGUUUUCGUUAGGAAUGCAUCUUCCAGACGAUUUCUUCCGAAAGCAGUUUCACCUCGCGGGGCCUCCUGCCAGACCAACGUUCCGAUACCUGAGCGAAAACGAGAUGAGGGCCCCUGUCGCCACAGCAAGCCAUCCUGCUCCUCUUCCUCCAAAUCCGAACACAAGUACUCCAAGCCAGAUGGUUCCACUGCCACAUAGACGAACAGCAUCAGCAUCAGCGACCACUCCCGCGAACAACAAGAAUAUGGUCAAAUUGGUUCUUAGCCGUGCAACAAGCGAGAGCAUCGAAAAACUUGACGAGCUCAAGAGAGAAUGCCCAGCAUGUCAACUUGACUUCGAACCGGACAACUUCAUGGCCACUAUAAGCUGCUGCGGGACAGUGAUGCAUGCCACCUGCCUAUCAGCUUGGGUCAAUUCUCAGACUUAUCAAAAAAGUCGAACGUGCAUGAAGUGUCGAAAAUCGAUUGAUGCCAGGCGUCCGUUGAACACUGUGGUGCCACCAGUGAGCGACAAGAGCUGGGACGAUGGAGCCGACUUGAAUGCACCAGAAAGCUUGAAGGGCGACACACAGAUCGAAUUGAAUAUCACCGGCCGAUCUGUACGCUCGGGCUACCGACACAUCCGAGGAGCUUCAGGCUAUUUGCCACAAUAUCGAGCUAUGCGUGGUGCCCCGGUGCCUUCGCUAGAUCAAGCUAUGGUCGAGGAAACCCGCCGUGCGAUAGACCGAGCCAGAAACGAGUACGUUGUUGAAAUGGAGGCUAUGAAGGGCAACAUCAGGGCGUGUCACGAAGUACGGAGAAAAGCCGCCGACGACGAACGGACCGCCGCACGCACUCUCCUCGAAGCACAAGCCGCCCGUGGCCGUGGUGUCAGCGUCGACAUUGUCCCUCUGGCCCAGAGGUGGGAGUUGACCAAGGCCGCCAAGGGCGCUGCCGAGGAACGAUUCUGUAAACUCCAGCGUGACAUGGAAUUUUUGCAGAGAAGUCAGUUUAAUCGAUUGACUGGCUUGGCUGAAGCGGCUUGGGCCGAAAGUGCUCGACAAGGAGGACGAGAACGAGGAUACGGAGAUGAAGAGGUGGCUCGACACAGAGAGGAAGAGGUGGCUCGACAUAGAGAGGAAGAGGUGGCUCGAAGCGUCGCUUCGUCCGCAUCCGCAUACAGUAGUGGAGGGACGACUUCUAGGACGUCUACUUCGCCUUGA